CACGUCACUAUUUUUAGGUUAUGUUUGAUUUUAAAAAUGCAUAAAUACCAAAAUAAUUAUAUAUGAAUUUAAAUUAUGUACGUGUUAUGAUAUUUUGAGAAUAUUUAAAAAUGCCACAAGGUAAAAAACGUACAAUCAAAGGAAAGCAGCACCACAGGCCUAAUAAGAGGGUAAAAGGCAAAAAGACAGUUAAAAAAUCUUUUAAUAUAAACAAAAAAUUCCAUCACAAUCGAGGGGGUACUACAGGUAAAGUUAGUGACAAAAACGAACCCAGCAAUCAACAGCCCUUAAGUGAAGAGAAAGAAAGAGAGGAUCAAGAAGAUGAGGUUGAAAGUUCGGAAGAAGAGAAUGACAUGGAACAGUUGUUACAAACGUUUGAUUCUAAAGCAAUUUCUAAGAAAUCGUUAGCCAUUGACAGCAGCGAAGAUAGCAUGAGUGACGACGAUGUAGUCGCUGAUGAAACUUGCAGUGAAAGUGAAGAAAAAGAUGUGGAAGAUGUCACAAUAAGCCGAGAUCUCAUCGAGAAGGAUGAAAUCGAUUUAGAAAAUCAAAAAGAGGAUGACAACUUGCAAGAUCCAUUUGCGAGGCAUUUAUUUUACGAAUUAAGUGAAAGUUUGUUAAAUACCGUUCAGAGUUCACCAGUUUCGGUUGAUACUCAUGUAUUGGAAUGGCCACAACUUGGAAAAUUGCAGGUGCAAAUACCACAGGAUCACCAAAAUAAUGCGACUGUAGUCAAUUGUGGUGUAAUUGAGAAAAAAAUGUGUGCAGCUUCGGGUGGGAUACCCCUAAAUAUACCUAUCAGUAAAUGUAAAUUAGAGAGUAUGCACAUUAAAUUGCAGUUGAUUGAAAAUUUAGCUAAAGCUAAUAAGAGUCGUAUACCUAACGAAGAAUUUCCUUUUUCUCCUUUACAAGCGGAAAUCUUUUCUGUGGUUAAUAACUAUCAGGAUUUCUACUACCCUCAUCGAACUUUCGAGAAUGCAGAGGAAAUUCGAUUUAUUUACUGUUUGCAUAUAAUAAAUCACAUUUUAAAAACAAGGACGAAAGUGUUACACCACAAUGCCCGCUUGGCCAAGAAGGAGGAUGUUCCUGAAGAAUUUCGAGAUCAAGGACUAGUACGUCCAAAGAUACUGGUGGUUGUUCCUUUUCGUGAUUCCGCAUAUAAAAUCGUUUCCUAUAUAAUAGACCUUUUAAUCACAGAAGAUAAGGGUAAUGUAUUAAACAAAAAUAGAUUCAUUGAGGAAUUUACGGGUCACGAGCUUACAAUGCCCAAGAAAAAUCCCAAACCCGAGGAUUACGAGAAGUUGUUUACUGGUAACACAGGCGAUGACUUUCGAAUAGGAAUUACUGUAACAAAAAAGAGUUUGAAGUUGUUUGCCAACUUUUACUCCUCGGAUAUACUUAUUGCUUCUCCCUUGGGAUUACGAACAAUUAUAGGUGCUGAAGGCGAAGCGGAAAGAGACUUUGAUUUUUUGGCCUCGAUCGAACUACUAAUCAUGGACCAAACGGAAAUUUUUCUGAUGCAAAAUUGGGACCAUAUCUUUCACUUAUUUAAUCACUUGCACCUUCAACCAAAGGAAUCGCACGGCACCGACUUUUCACGUGUGCGAACUUGGAGUUUAAAUGGAUGGGCCAAAUAUUACAGGCAAACAGUAAUCAUAGCCUCGAUUGUGUUGCCCGAAAUAAACACCAUUUUUAAUAAGAAAUGUUUCAAUUACGCCGGUAAAGUUAGAUGUAUUAAAAGUGUAAGCGUCGGAUCAAUUUGUCAGGUAUUUAAUCAACUGCCGCACGUUUUUCAAAAAUUCAAUGCGGAUAGUGUUGCACAAUCGAUGGAGGCCCGUUUUACCUUUUUUAUUAAUAAAAUAAUACCGCAUCAACGAGAGCCUUUAAUGAAGCAAACCUUCAUAUACAUUUCGAAUUAUUUCGAAUUUGUUAAGAUUAGGAAUUAUUUUAAGAGGGAGGAUAUCAGCUUUGUGCAAGUGUGUGAGUAUUCAAAGGAAGGAAAAGUAGCGAGAGCUCGAGAUAUGUUCUUUCAUGGAGAUGCUCAUUUUAUGUUGUAUACUGAAAGAUACCACUUUUUUAAUAGGGUGAGGGUGAAAGGUAUAAGGCAUCUUGUAUUUUAUCAGCCACCUACAUUCCCUAAUUUUUAUUACGAAAUGUGCAAUUUAAUGCAGGAAGCUAAUAUGAAUUCAAAAAUUGGUAGUAAUUCGAAUAUGACUGUGACAAUUUUAUACUCAAAAUAUGACCACAAUCAAAUAGCAGAAAUUGUUGGAACCGAGAGAGGUCUUAAAAUGAUACAGUCAGAUAGGAACGUUCACAUGCUUGUUACUGAUGGAAAAUGAAAUUUUGAUACCUAAUUGUUUCUUGAAUAAAGAAUUGUUUUUAUUUUUA